UAUUAUUCGGCGGAACAAAAGCAAAAUUGCGCGGGAGAACGUAUUCGAGAAUGUAAUAUUGCACCGGAAUCUUCUACGACGUAAUUUAUUAAUAAGCGAAUCAUCAUUGAUCGUUUCUACAUUGAUUUCAAGUUGAAAAUAGAUUCAGCAAAUAUUAUACAGUUGAUGAUCAGUUAUUGGUGUAUUAAAUAAUUCCAAAAUGAUUCCACUUUCAGCAGGAGCAUUAGAAAACAUCUCUCAAGGCGUAGAUGUUGAUAGUCCUGUUUUACAAGUUUUGGGUACAAAAAGAUUAGCUAGUUCUGAUAGUGAACGUUAUCGUUUGUUAUUAUCUGAUGGAGUUACAAGCACAUCCUUUACCAUGCUGGCUACUCAGCUUAAUGGCAUGGUAAAAAGUGGAGAGUUAUCAGACAAUUCUAUCGUACAAAUUACAAGAUAUGCUUUGAGUAAUGCUAAUAAUGCUGGUAAACAAAGGAAAAUAAUGGUUAUCCUAGGCAUCGAAGUAAAAGUACCAGGAAGUCAAGUUAAUGGAAGGAUAGGUCAGCCAACACAAGCAGAAAAGAGUAGUUCGAAUACUGGAGAAAAUAUGAAGCCUAAUUCAACACAAAAUAUACCCAAAGCUACUCCUACUCCAGCUCCUAGGCCUGGUAGUGAUUUUGACUCUUCUGGAAAUGCAAAUCAAAAACGACGUCUGAAUGACACUAUUAACUCAGGAACAGAUAUAGUAACCAGCCCUAUUGCUGCUCUAAGUCCUUAUCAAAACAAAUGGGUCAUCAAAGUAAGAGUUGCUAGUAAAACAGGCAUUAAAAAUUGGAGCAACUCGCGUGGUGAAGGCAAACUUUUUAAUAUGCUUCUUGUGGAUGAAAGUGGUGAAAUAAGAUGCACUGGAUUCACAGAUGUUGUAGAUAAAUUCUAUGAUAUGUUGGAAGUUGGGAAAGUUUAUUAUUUAUCACGUGGUCUGCUAAAACCUGCAAAUAAAGCUUUCAAUAAUACUAACAAUGAUUAUGAAAUGAAUUUAACAACUGAUACAGAAAUUCUUCUUUGUCAUGAUACAGCUGAUGAUAUUCCAAUGCUGACCUAUAAUUUUACGCCAAUCAGUGAAAUAGAAGCUCUUCCAAAAGACCAGAUAAUAGAUGUCCUCGGUGUUGUAAAGUCUCAUAGUGGAGUACAAGUUCUGACAGCACGAAGUACAGGCCGAGAGUUACACAAACGAGAUUUAAAUCUUGUUGAUAUCACCAACACAUUGAUUACUCUUAGUUUGUGGGGACAACAGGCAGAUGAAUUUGAAGCUUCAGAAAAUUCUAUUGUAGCAGCUAAAGGAGUUAAGAUUGGUGAAUUUAACAAUGGAAAAAAUUUAUCUGUUAUCUCAUCAUCAGUUAUACAAGUGGAGCCUGACAUUCCUGAAGCUCACAGUCUUCGAGGAUGGUAUAAUACCGUAGGUCAGAAUGAAGAAGCUAAAUCUUUAUCUAAAGCUGGAGGUAGCGGGCCAAAUGCUGAGUGGGCUACAUUACAAGAAGGUCAUGAUAAGAGUUUAGCUUCACCAGAAAAUUCACCAGUAUUCUUGUGCAAAGCUGCUAUUUCUUUAAUCCGUUCCGAUCGUGCCUUAUAUAAAGCAUGUCCUGUUGAAACUUGUAAAAAGAAAGUCGUUGAUCAAUCCAAUGGCAUGUUUAGAUGUGAAAAAUGCCAACGAGAAUUUCCCAAUUUCCGUUACCGUUUGUUGACGAAUUUACAUAUUGCUGACUGGAGCAGUAAUCAAUGGGUCACAGCAUUUGGCGAAGAAAGUGAAAAAAUCCUUGGAAUGACAAGCCAAGAACUCGGAGAGCUGAAUGAAAAUCAACCUGAUCAAUAUAAUGAUAAAUUUGCUGAAGUAGCAUUCAUUCCAUUUCUUUUCAAGCUGUCCUUGAGAAUGGAAACAUAUGCUGAUGAAGCGAGAAUCAGAGGAGUUGUUAGAACUGUUGAUCCAAUGAAUUAUAAACUUUACAAUAAACACUUAGCUCAAGAGCUAAAAAAACUCGCCAACGUUCAUAAUGUUAAUUAAGAGUAUUUUGAAAUAUUUUCUACUUAUUAUUAUCUAUUAAUCAUUAAAAUAUAAGUAUUAUUUUUCAUAUGUCUUGAUUUUUUAAGUUAUAAAAAAAUUAUUCGUUUGAAAUAAUUAUUUAA